AAUGUUCCUUUGCUGAGAUUGCGCGGUUACUUUUAUGUUUGAUCAUACUUUUCCAAGAAAAAAUCUCGCGGUUGACGUGUUCCUGUGUGAGGACGUUCUUUCCGCGUAAUCGCGAGUCGCCGCUCGGAAGUCUUGCGUGCGCCGCUCGGAAGCUCACAUACCAAUCGGAGCUAACAAAUUAAAACAGCCAGAUGAGCUCGCCUCGCCUUCUCGCCGCCAUGGCUGCUCACCUACCACGCCUCCCCUUCCUCCUCUUCGUCUUCCUUGCCGUCCAUGUCCCCGCCUCCCAUGGCGACCCUCUUCCAACCACAUACGACGGCUCCAUGUGCUUGGAGUCGUCGUUCUGGUGCGGCAGCGUCGAAAUCCGCUACCCGUUCUAUCUUGCCAAUGCAACCAAAGCAACCUCCGAUUACAGCGGAAACUACUCUUGCGGCUACACCGAUCUGGAGAUCUCCUGCCUGGGCGAGGGGCCGAGCGCGAGCCCGGUCAUCCGUCUCGGCGGCGAAACCUAUACCGUUCAGGACAUCUCCUACGACAGCGACAACUACAAGGUUACUCUGGUGGACAGAGACGUGCUCGUCGGUGGCAGCUGCCCUGCAGUCCGCCACGGCGUCACCUUCGACGGGAUGUGGUUGCAUAACACCAGCUCCAACGACGACCUCACCUUCUACUUCGGCUGCUACUCAGGCGAGCCCCGCAUGCCGGCUGGAUUGCACAAAUACCAAAUCGACUGCAAUUUCGAGAGUCCGGUUCCUGGCGGCGGAGUUGCGUUUGUAUUGACACCUGAUGAUCAUGACAAAGCCCAAGAGCACGACCUGGCUGCAGACUGCCAUAAGGUUGUCUCCGUGCUAGUAAAGAAUGAGGUUCUGGAGGUGGCAAGAACCUGGACCAACUUCACAAGUGGCGCAUACGGGUACGUGCUGAAGCAGGGAUUCGAGUUGGGCUGGAGCCCGAUAGAGACGGGUCCCUGUCCCCAGUGCGAGGAGUCCGGCGGGAAGUGCGCCUACAGGCAGAACAAGACAUUCCUGGGUUGCUUGUGCUCCGACGGGAAGGUGGGCUACCCGGACGGGACGGACUGCAGCGGUGCCAGCACCGCGCCUGCGCCUGCGCAUGCAUCAAGGCAUGGUAAUAAGAAAACUACAAUCGAUAUUGUUGCAAGCAUAUCGAGCCUUCUAUUUCUGAGUCUACUUAUUCUCGCGUUCUUCUUGACCUGCAAAUAUGGUUCGCUGCCCUUUAAAUCAAAGAACAAACCAAGGAUUGAAUCCUUUUUACAAAAGAAUGGGAACCUGCAUCCUAAAAGAUACAGUUAUGCAGAUGUGAAAAGAAUGACAAAGUCUUUUGCUGUUAAGCUAGGCCAAGGUGGAUUUGGUGCUGUAUACAAAGGUAACCUCUCUAAUGGUAGCCAGGUAGCAGUAAAGAUGCUAAAGGACGUCAAGGGUGAUGGGGAGGAAUUUAUGAAUGAGGUGGCUAGCAUUAGCAGAACUUCUCAUGUCAAUGUUGUUACCCUUCUAGGAUUUUGUUUGGAAGGAUCCAAAAGGGCUCUCAUUUACGAGUACAUGCCUAAUGGUUCACUGGAAAGGUAUGUCUUCAGCAGCAAUUUAAACAGUGAAAAUACACUAAGCUGGGAGAAAUUAUUUGACAUAGCAAUUGGCAUUGCUAGAGGACUUGAAUAUCUCCACCGAGGAUGCAAUACUCGCAUCGUGCAUUUUGACAUCAAACCCCAAAAUAUUCUAUUAGACCACGAUUUUCGCCCUAAGAUUUCUGAUUUUGGAUUGGCCAAGCUAUGCCUGAAUAAAGAGAGCGUUAUCUCCAUUGGUGGUGCAAGAGGAACAAUAGGAUACAUUGCCCCUGAGGUGUACUCAAGGCAAUUUGGGAUAGUAAGUAGCAAGUCUGAUGUCUACAGUUAUGGUAUGAUGGUGCUUGAGAUGAUUGGGGUAAGGGACAAAAAUAUCAAUGCAGAUAGCGAAUCUAGUAGCCAAUAUUUCCCUCAGUGGAUUUAUGAGCAUGUGGAUGAAUACUGCAUCAGUGCUUCUGAGAUUAAUGGUGAGACUACAGAGCUUGUGAGAAAGAUGAUAGUGGUAGGUCUCUGGUGCAUACAAGUAAGUCCAACUGAUCGGCCAACAAUGACUAGAGUCGUGGAGAUGCUAGAAGGCAGCACAAGUAACCUGGAAUUGCCACCAAAAGUGCUCUUGAGUUGAUAAGGAUCCAUAUGUUCCUAAUAAAAUGUUGCUAACUGAUACCAGAUUUCACACCUGCAAAAUAUUUGCUGUAUAUUGAAAAAUAAAGGGCUGCCUCAGAUGUUAUUUUUGGUCUGUAAACAUGCUUUCUAAUUUUAUUUGCCAGUAAUUAGCUGGCUGGGGGAUCACACAACGUUGUAUGAUGGUAUAAUUUGGAUCAUGCUGGCUACUAUUACUAAUACAAGCUCUCUUCUGUGUCA